CGGGGCGAACGGCGGAAGCGGCGGCGGCGGGGUGGGGUGCGCGGGUAGGCCGGCAUGGAGCCCGCCGAGGGCCCGGGGGCGCUGGGCUUCCACGGCGACGAGGAGAUCAUCGAGGUGGUGGAGCUGGGCCCGCCCGGGCCGGAUGACUUGGCCGAGGAGAUGGAGGACGUGGAUUUUGACGACGGGGGAGAGGAAGAGCCAGACGCUGAGGCUUGGGAGACGGAGGAUGACGAGGGGGUGGAGGAUGGCAUGGAGGCGCAGGACGACAGCGAGGUCACGUUCUCCCUCCACUCAGCUUCUGUUUUCUGCGUGAGCCUUGACCCCAAGACCAACACGCUGGCGGUGACGGGCGGGGAGGACGACAAGGCCUUUGUGUGGCGUGUGAGCGAUGGAGAGCUUCUGUUCGAAUGCUCAGGACACAAGGACUCGGUCACCUGUGCUGGCUUCAGUCAUGACUCCGUGUUUGUGGCCACGGGUGACAUGUCUGGGCUUAUAAAAGUGUGGCGGGUGGACACCAAGGAAGAAGUGUGGUCUUUCGAGGUGGGGGACUUGGAGUGGCUGGAGUGGCACCCUCAAGCCCAUGUCCUUCUGGUGGGCACGGCUGAUGGCAACUCCUGGAUGUGGAAGAUCCCCAGCGGAGACUGCAAAACCUUCCAGGGCCCUGCGUGCCCGGCCACAUGUGGCAGGAUCCUGCCUGAUGGGAAGCGAGCGGUGGUGGGGUACGAGGACGGGAGCUUGCGCAUCUGGGACCUGAAGCAGGGAACCUCGCUGCAUGUCCUGAAAGGCCAGGAUGGCCACCAGGACCCCUUGACGUGUGUGGCCAGCAACCAGGACGGCAGUUUGAUCAUGACGGGUUCUGUGGACUGUCAAGCUAAGCUGGUUAACUCUGCCACGGGCAAGGUGGUGUGUGUGUUCAAGAUGGACAGUGUGGCUCCCAAGGCCCCCACCGGCGAGGGCGAGGAGGCAGAGUCCAACUCAGUGGAGUCGCUGGGCUUCUGUAACGUGAUGCCACUGGCUGCUGUGGGCUACCUGGAUGGCACACUGGCUAUCUACGACCUCUCCACACAGAACCUGAGGCAUAAGUGCCAACAUGAGUCGGGGAUCGUGCAGUUGCUGUGGGAGGAGAGCUCGGCCGUGGUGUACACCUGCAGCCUGGAUGGGGCCGUGCGGCUCUGGGACGCCCGCUCGGGGAAGAUGAUCAGCGAGUACCGAGGGCACUCAGCUGAAAUCCUUGACUUCGCCGUCAACAAGGAUGCCUCCAUUGUGGUGACGACUUCUGGUGACCACCAAGCCAAAGUGUUCUGCGUCCAGCGCCCUGAUCGCUAGGAACCGUGCUGAGGGAUGGCAUCCUGACUCUGCCAGGAGGCUCGUGUACAGAAGGUUGAGGGAGAUGGGUUUCGCCACCCUUUGCCAGUGCGUGCUUUGUAAUUUUUCCAGCCUGCCCUGCUUUGCCCUCACCAUCUGGGGGCUAAGCCUGGAGUUUUGUAUGAAAAUGUCUUUUAAGUACAUAAAUUAUUUCACUUAACUGGA